AUGCAGCCUUGCACCGAGCCUUAUCUCCGCUCUCUCCUCGCCUGCGAUAUUGAAGUACGAAGGCCCCGGAAAGGUUGCUUCUGGAACUCGAGUGUCCGCGGUGAUACACAGCUGCUGAAAGGAGACCUGAAGUCCCUCAAGGGCCCGUACUGGGUGGCUAACAUGGUCCAAACAGUGAUGUUCUCUCAGGCGAUGGAAUCAUCCAUUUGGCACGGCGGUCCCUGGGAUGUUGCCAUCGAGGUUGGCCCUCAUCCUGCCCUCAAGGGCCCUGCUGAGCAAACCAUCAAAGCAGUCUUUGGUUCUGCACCCGCUUACACUGGUGUCUUGCGACGUAGCGAAAGUGACGUGGAAGCAAUUUCAGGGGCUUUGGGCUUUCACUGGUCCCAUUUGGGUCCUUCCUUUGUGGAUUUCGAUGGCUACCUUAGUACAUUCUAUGGACCUGCAACUCGUCCUCCUCCGCGUAUGCUCAAAGAUCUACCAUCAUAUUGCUGGGAUCAUGACAAGAUUUACUGGCGUGAAUCACGCGUCUCUAAGCAAUUCCGGACGGGUACCGACCACUACCACGAGCUGCUAGGACGCCGGAUGCUCAAUGAUGCGGAGCACGAGCUCCGCUGGCGCAAUGUUCUUAAAUGCAGCGAGCUGUCCUGGGUCCGUGGCCACGAAGUCUUGGGACAGAUACUGCUUCCCGGAGCAGCAUAUGUCUCCCUAGCACUCGAGGCUGGCAAGCAACUGGCAGCAGGACGAACUAUCCGCCUCUUGGAGGUGCAGGAAGUCGAUAUCCGGCGACCAGUUCUUAUCCCAGAUAACAAGGAGGGCAUUGAAACAAUGUUCAUCGCUAGGUUGAUGGAUUCAAACAAUGACACCGUGCUGAAAGCCAAAUUUUCUUUCUUUUCUUGCUCAGACUCUUCAACGGGGUCCAUGGUCCAUACAUGCAACGGUCGAGUACUGGUCCAUUUUGGCUCAUCAUCAGUCGAUGGGCUACCACGUAGAGAGCCUGUACCACCGAGUCUGCUCAAUGUCGAUGUAGAUCGGGUCUACAGUGUCUUUAGCGGGAUUGGAUUGAACUACCAAGGGAUCUUCAGGGGCCUAUCGAACGUGCAGCGCUCGCUGGACUAUGCCACGUCGAUUGCAACUUGGUCGCAGUCGGAUUUGGAUAAUGACUAUGUGAUCCAUCCUGCAUUACUAGAUGUUGUUUUUCAGUCUCUCUUCGUCGCUCGAUCGCAUCCAAGCACAGAGCAAGUGACGAACACGCUCCUUCCCGUGAAAAUACAGCGUGUGCUUGUCAAUCCGAAAGUGUCGGUCGUCGAAGCAGAAGGAACAGUCAUGGUAAACCUGGACUCCUAUGUUGUAGACCGGACUCCAACAUCGCUUCUCGGUGACAUGCAUGUCUACAAUACCUUAUCUGGAGACGCUGUUGUGCAAAUCGAGGGUCUUCUGUUGAAAGCCAUUGCUGAGCCAACCGAGUCGCAGGAUCGCCAAAUAUUCAGUGAGACCGUGUGGCAGGCCGAUGCAUCAUUGAAUUUAAUUAUGCCAGAGCGCGAUUUCACAAACGAUGGGGUGGAAAUGGAUCUCGCUGCAGCUAUUGAUCGUGCAGCCCUUUACUACAUGCAACGUCUUCUCGAAGAAUUCGACCCUCCCGAGCGGGCCAGUCUAGCGUGGUAUCACCAGAGAAUGUGUGAGGCCUUUGAAAAUCACCUCGAAUCGGUCAAGAAAGGCGCUGGAUGA